UACGUCCGUCUCAUUUCUUGCUGUCAGUGAGCGAGUGGAAGUGGAGUUGGAGUUUGCUUUUGCUGCGUGAUGUGAUGUGUUGACGAAAAGGUGUCCGAAAAUGUCAAAUACAGGCGGGUCCAGACGCAACGGGACCAUGAAGAUCCGCGUGACACUUUUGUGCGCGAGAAGUCUGGCGAGGAAGGAUCUCUUCAGGUUGCCCGACCCGUUUGCAAAAAUUAGUGUCGACGGCUCUGGUCAGUGUCACAGCACAGAGGCGUGCAAAGCCACGCUGGACCCCAAGUGGAAUCAACACUACGAUCUGUACCUGGGCAAAAUGGACGGCAUUACAAUCAGCAUCUGGAACAACCGGAAGAUCCACAAAAAGCAGGGCAGCGGUUUCCUGGGCUGUGUGCGCAUCAUGUCGAACACAAUCCAACGCCUCAAAGACACCGGCUACCAGCGACUGGAUCUGAGCAAGGCCAACCAAGACGAUCCGGAGCCGGUCAAGGGCCAGAUCGUCAUUUCGCUUCUUUCCCGAGACCUGAACAGCACGCCGCAGGGCGUUGGACACAACGCGGUGGUCGACCAGCUCGGCGACAUCAGCUGUCCGGACGCUCUUCCGGACGGCUGGGAGGAGCGCCGGACGCAGAACGGCCGCCUCUACUACGUCAACCACAACACCCGCACCACCCAGUGGAGUCGGCCGCUGCGGCCGCAGAACAACAUCAUUCCCAUCAACGGCAAUAUUACAAACACAAACGGCAAUCUCAACAGUAGCGACUCCACCAGCACUCCGCACAGAGACAGCAGAUCCGGUAGCACAAGGGAAAGGAGAAGUGGGAGUUCAAGGGAAGAGGGUGAGAGUAGGAGCAGGCGAGAGAACGGCCAAACGUCAACUUCAUCAAGGAGAAGGGGUGGUCGGCAUCGAAACCAGCCUCGGGCGCAAUUGGUGCAGCCACCGGACCUGCCUGAAGGUUACGAAAUGCGAACCACCCAGCAAGGUCAGGUCUACUUCUUCCACAUCCCGACUGGAGUCAGCACAUGGCACGACCCUAGAAUACCCCGCGAGCUUGUCGGCUCGAAUCUGCCUGACUUGGGACCUCUGCCGUCUGGUUGGGAAAUGCGGCAGACCUCCUCGGGAAGGGUCUAUUUUGUGGACCACAACAACCGCACCACGCAGUUCACCGACCCCAGACUGAAUGCCUCAGUCAUUCAGGGCAUUAUCACGACUAAUGGCUUGCCCAGCAACUCGCCCAGUGGCCCACCUCCUUUGAACUCGGCGCCCUCUUCCAUCCCGCCACCCCUGCCUCCUCCAAUGAGUCAAUCUACCCACAUCACGCCCCCAAGACCCGAUCCACCUGCCCCCACAGAACGAUCCAUUGUCACACCUGCUGCCCCCGGACCCAGUGGCAACAACAAUGACCCCAAGGACCUGUUGAUGGACAGCAGCGAAAGUCUGCCCAAGUACCGAAGAGAUUUGGUAGCCAAACUCAAGUGCCUUAGGACAGAACUGCAUGCCUUACAGCCUCAGACUGGACACUGCAGACUGGAAGUCACGCGGAAGGAUAUUUUUGAGGAAUCCUAUCGACUUGUGAUGAAAAUGCGUCCUAAGGAUAUGCGAAAAAGACUUAUGGUUAAGUUCCGCAAUGAGGAAGGCUUGGACUAUGGAGGUGUUGCCCGCGAGUGGCUCUACCUCCUCUCUCAUGAAAUGCUGAACCCUCAGUAUGGACUGUUUCAAUACUCAGGCGAUGACAAUUACACUCUUCAGAUCAAUCCUGACAGCAAUAUCAAUCCCGAGCACCUCUCUUAUUUCCAUUUCGUCGGACGCGUCAUUGGCAUUGCUGUUUUCCACGGGCAUUACAUUGACGGCAGUUUUACUAUGCCUUCCUACCGCAUGUUACUCAACAAACCAAUUACCUUGGACGAUAUCGAGGAUGUUGAUCCGGAACUUCAAAGAAGUCUUGUGUGGAUGCUGGACAAUAAUAUAACUGGUGUCAUAGACACGACGUUUUCCGUUGAGCACAACAGCUUUGGCGAGUUGAAGGAGCACGAGUUGAAGCCUGGUGGCAAGGACAUUCCUGUCACGGAGGAGAACAAAAAAGAAUAUGUCAGGCUCUAUGUCAACUACCGCUUCAUGCGAGGUAUCGAGCAGCAGUUUUUGGCCCUUCAGAAAGGCUUUUCAGAAUUGGUGCCAACGCACAUGCUGCGGCCCUUCGAGGAGCACGAGCUGGAACUUGUGAUCGGUGGUCUCGGCAGCAUCGACAUUGAGGACUGGAAGCAGAACACAAGGCUCAAGCACUGCACCCUGGAAACCCCAGUGGUCAAGUGGUUCUGGCAGAUUGUCGAGAUUUACAGUGCCGAGAUGCGAGCAAGGUUGUUGCAGUUUGUCACUGGCAGCUCCAGGGUGCCCCUUCAGGGUUUCAAAGCACUGCAAGGUUCGACAGGUGCUGCAGGGCCCAGGCUGUUCACAAUUCAUGUGAUUGACGCACCAACGGAAAACCUGCCCAAGGCCCACACAUGCUUCAACCGCAUCGACAUCCCAGCCUACCCUUCUUACCAGAAGAUGUACGAAAAGUUGACCCAGGCUGUUGAAGAAACGUGCGGAUUUGCUGUAGAGUAAAUAACUAGGGGCUCGCUGCGACUCGCCCAUGGACUGAGAUUAAGAAUUGCCUUAUUGAUUAAGUCAGGACGGUCAAAACUCGAGCACAUAGAUAGGCUUGAAUAGGUAAACAUUCGCUAAGACUGCACUACCGAUCGGGAUUACAAGCACGAGCGGAGUUUCGGUGAAAUGUGGACAACUGCCAAGUAUGUAAACAAAUCUAUGUCCAAAUCGCUUCAUAUCGGGAAAGAAAUGUAUUUUUCGGAUGGAUCUGUUUAAAGACAAUUAAUCGUAACUGCCCAUAUCAUCCAUUGCCUGCGAGCAUUAUUUUCAGAGUUUUUACCCUGCACAAUCACACUCAACCAUAUCUCUUCACUGCUCAUCGACGGUGACCCAAAUCACCAAAAUCAUGUCUACGAUUAACAAUGUACACAUACACAACUUGGAUGUAUUGAUCUAUUUUAUUGCCUAUUUACCCCCAUGAUGUUAUAAUUAUACUUAUUGACUAAUGAUUACAUGAUAUUUGUGAUUCUAGUUUUUAAUAAUGUAACGAGCAAUCGGAGGAAAUUUCGUCGAUUGCUGGAACGCUGUAAAUUUUGUACAAAUAAUAACUGGGAAGAAGAUAGGAUGUAACCAAGAAUCUUUCACCGACGUAAUCUUCAAUCGAAAUGCACCACAUACUUCCUUCAAAUGAAAUUAUUAUUAUUAUUUGUCAAAUGUAUAAUGUGCCCGUGCAGUUUUAUUGUAAUGAUGUCGUUGGUCAUCAUUUGUGCACUUUUACUAUAUUAUGAUUGCAAUGCAAUGAGCCGAAAAGAAAACUAUACUUGCAUAAAUCUGUACAUAGGUUAGUUUUUGUCUUGGUAAUUUUUUUUUUAAACUUGACUUCUGUGCACUCUGUCGAAUUGCUAUUAUUUCCGAUUAAAAACUAUUUUGUGCAGUUCGUAAUUUGUAGGUACCUCCCCAGAAAUUGCUGAUAAUAAAUACUUAUUUACACAAUAAAGAUCUAUUUAUGGCAUA